AAGACGCCGACAAGGCUCAAGCCUUUGUGAGAGCUCAUUGAUUUGCACUAUUAGACUAUGGCGGCACAGGUGCAAUCAGAAAGCCUCGAGGCAGAUGCCCGACAGCCUCAACAGCUUGAGCAGCAACCUGGGGAUCAACCAGAGAAUGUGUCUGCGGCAGCUAACGAGCUUCAACCGCAGGCAAGGCGAGUGACCUUUGAGCUGACGGCAGAUGGCAGCUCAGAGACCGAGGUGCAAUCAGAAAGCCUCGAGGCAGAUGCCCGACAGCCUCAACAGCUUGAGCAGCAACCUGGGGAUCAACCAGAGAAUGUGUCUGCGGCAGCUAACGAGCUUCAACCGCAGGCGCGGCGAGUGACCUUUGAGUUGACGGCAGAUGGCAGCUCAGAGACCGAGGCAGAUGCAAGCAGGCCAGAGGUUGCUCGAGGCUUCACGAUGAGGAGCAGACUUUCAUCGUGGCGAAUUCCGGAGGCUUCUGACAAAAUGCCUCUCUACGUGCAGAGGGCAUUUCGAGUCAAGAUCUUUGCUUUGCUGGCAUUUCAGCAAGCAGCAUGCUUCUUGAUGAUGGUGGGCAUCCACGCCUUGAUCCUGGUCGAGGUGGGGCCACAUGUGGAGCGUUCGUUGACCGUUCAGGCAGUGUACUACAUGUUGAGCUUUGCGGACAUGAUUAUCCUGAUGAAGCUGUGGAUGGUUAGAGAUUCGUACCCUUGUAACUAUCUACUGCUGACUGUCAUGACCCUUUUGUCCGGGAGCUUGUGGGGCCUCACAGAGACCAUCCUGCUGACCAAACUGCAUUUGUACAUCAUCGGCAUCGUUUCCUUGGCCAUGGCUGUGGCUGCCGCUGUCUCCUUCCUACUCACUUCAACUUACGGAUCUGAGAAAGACGUCCUGAUACCUUUGUUUACGGGCUGGGCAGCCGGCUCGGCAGCUGUGCUGACUGUUGCCCUGACUCUAUUUCGAAUUUCUUGGGAGCCGUUCGCAGCGUGUGGCUUUGUUGGUGGCCUGGUGCUUUUGCUGGUGUUGGAGACCCAGCAGUUUCUCUUCAGUAGCAAGCCGGACAAUGUCAUGGGCAUCAUCGUCAUCCUCAAUGCCAGUCUACUCAGCAUUGUUAGCAUCCCAUUCUGUGUGAUCCUGUUUGGAUUUCUGUAUGUGAGCCAAAGUGAAGAGAAUGCAGAAGCGCCUGCAGUGCCUGAACUUCCUGCAAGUGCAGAGCCCUAGGUGCCACAGUGGAGCAUGCCUUGUACAGAGCUGUAGCAAGAGAUUGCAGCACAUUCAUGUAUACAUUGUACAGGAAGGCCCCGGUAAAGCAACGGGAUGGUACUUCAAUGACUUUGACAUUCAUACGCUCCUGGGAAA